AUGGGAGCAGCGGGAGCGGACGCCGAGUGCGACCGGAUCAGGGGGCCCUGGAGCCCGGAGGAGGACGAGGCGCUGCGGCGGCUCGUGGAGCGCCACGGCGCGCGCAACUGGACGGCGAUCGGGCGCGGGGUGCCCGGCCGCUCGGGCAAGUCUUGCCGCCUCCGGUGGUGCAACCAGCUCUCGCCGCAGGUGGAGCGCCGCCCCUUCACGCCCGACGAGGACGCCGCCAUCGCCGCCGCGCACGCCAGGAUAGGCAACCGCUGGGCCGCCAUCGCGCGCCUCCUCCACGGACGCACCGACAACGCCGUCAAGAACCACUGGAACUGCUCCCUCAAGCGCAGGCUCGCCGUCGCCGAGCAGGAGCGGCCGUGCAAGCGGGCCAGCGUCUCGCCGGAGAGCAGCCCGUCGGGAUCCGGGUCGGACCGCAGCGACCUCAGCCAUGGCGGCGUAUUCCACGGGCAGGUAUACCGCCCGGUGGCGCGUGCCGGCGGGUUCGAGCCGGCGGACUGCGCCAUGAGCCGGCGGCACGAGGUUGUGGUGGAGGAGGAGCAGGAGGACCCCCUCACGUCGCUCUCCCUCUCCCUCUCCCUCCCCGGCAUGGACGGCGCCGUCCAGGCCGGGUUCCGCCACAACAGCUCCCGCAGCCAUUUCCACCAACCGCCUUCCUCCUCCCCGUCGCCGCCGCGCGCUCCGGCGCCUUACCAUUUCAACCCCGAAUUCGCCGCGGCGAUGCAGGAGAUGAUCCGCGACGAGGUGCACAGGUACAUGGCGGGCGUCGGGUGCGGCGCCCCCCUGUCGAUGCCACAGGUGGUGGAGGGCGUAAUGCGCGCGGCGGUGCAUCGCGCCGGCGGAGUCGCCGGGAUGCAGUGA